GCCUCCCGCUCCCGCUGAGCUCAUCCCGCCGCCUGCCCGCCUGGCGCCGGCCCGGGCCGCGCAGCCCUCGGGCGAGCAGAGCCGGGCCCAUCGGCGGAGGUAAGCGCGGCGCCCCUCCUCCUCCUCGGCGAGGGUCCGCGCAGGGCCGGGCGCGGCGCGAGCGAAAGUUUGGGGCCGGGCGGUGGGGCCUGAGCCGGGCGCGGGGCGGGCGGGGAGCCGCGAGGCGAGGCCGGGCCUGGGCGCUGCUCGGCCGCGGCUUCCGCCUGCCCCGCACGCGCUCCGUGCGGUUCCAUUCCUUAGCGGAGGGCGGCUGGGAGGGAAGGUCCCGCGUUCCGGAAAACUUGGUUCCUUCGCUGUUACUUUUCGUAAUAGCGAAGCGGGAAGGAGACGGGCGGAGAGGGGGAGGCGCCGCUGCCGGUCCUUGAACUGUCGGUGACAGCGAAAGUUGUGCGGCGGGGCCGGAGCGGCGCGCUGCGGGGGGCGGGGAGCGCCGGCAGGGCCGGGUUUGGCUUUUAACGUAGGGAUUAUACAGAUAAUGCCGUUCGUGUUUUGAAAUCCGCUCUCUUAAGCCUUCUGAACUCUCGGUGGUGUUACUUCAAGGGUCGCUCUACCCGGGCCCCGUAACGCGUAUUUGUCGGACGGAGAGCGCUCUCAGUGAUCGCUUUCAGUAAUGGGUGUCACUGAGGUCCCGCUCUGCCCAGGUGUGUCUCGGACAAAAGACGUUCGGACCCGCUGUGCCGCGGCCCGGCCCCGCUGGCUGCGCGGUGCCCACCUCCGCUCCCCGCUGUGGCGGUGCGGGAGCGGCGCUUCGGCGCGGAUCGGAGCUGUGCUGUGGGGGGCCCGGCGGGCACUGCCGUGCCAUCGGACGGCGCGGAGCUGGGUCUGCUGCGGGCUUCUAUGGCCGCUGGAUGUCAGCGAGAGGCAGCGAUGUGCGUGUGGGGGGUCGGACUGCCCCGGCUGCUCCAGGGUGCUGCAGGACCGUUCGGCCCGCGUUCGUUGUUUGCAGCAAUCCCGUGUGAGCUCCCGUUUUUGCUAGCCGCUGCUUGAAAAAAACAUCCUGACGGUUAUAUAAUUAAAAGGACCCGGAAAUAAGGGAAAUCAGUGCAAUAUCUUGCAUCCUGCAGAAUUUCCUCCCACUGUGGUUUGAUACGCAGCUGCCAAAAGCUCACCUCUCCUGUUUGUUCUGGCCUGGUGGUGAAGUGGUGGGAAGGUAGUACUGUGGCAUUAAAUAAGUUCCUGUGUGCCAUCACUGCUGCGGAGCGUGUGGGGCUGCGCUGACACAGGCACACUGUGCUGCUGGCUGUCCUGCUGUCUCAGUGCAGCUAACCGCUGGAACGUCCGAGUGGCGAUAAAUGAUAUCUGCCAUGGAGCCAAAACAUAUUUGGUUCUCGGCCAAAGUGCUCGGCUUCCCACAACAGUCCUUAGGAAAAAGGCAUUUUGUGUGUCAGACCGCAGGCCUGGAGUUGAUGCCAUAGCAACUUUGUGGUCUGAGCACACACUUCUGGAGACAGCCAAGCAAUCUUCGCAGAAUCACUCUGUUUUUCUUUAGCUGAACUUUGUGUUGUCACCAGGAUUAAAUCUCUGUGAAGAUGAAAGAUGGAUCAGCAAGGUUUCAAGCUGCUGUGUCUGAAGGCAUCAGCCUGCUCUGCUAGCUAUUGUAAUGAUGCUGAUAGACGUGGCUGUAGGUUAGGAUGUAUAAUUGUGGCUUUACGCGUAAAGUUUUCCUGUAGAGCUGCUGUUCUGACAAAUAUGGGUAUUUCAGGCCUUGCCAGAAGCCAGAUUGCCGUGCCCUGCCGGAAGCAGGGAAGGGUCGGCUCUGGGUUCCACAUCUGGAAGCUCUGAGGGCUGUGUCAGCACUGCCUGCGCCCUGUGGGGGCUGCGCAGUUUAUUUAUCACAGAGCUGCUGCAGUAAGAAAGAAAAAUGCAUACAGCUCCACAAAUGCGCGCGGCCCUACGAAUGUUUGUGGGUAGGAGGCGGUGCUGUCAGAAAACUGCCUUGUGAAUAAUGGGAAAAGCACAGUGGAGUGUGUGGAGGGGAAGUCUGAGCUCGUUGCUCAUUAAUGGAAAAUACCUGGUGUGUUAUCUGAUACUGACGGGACAGCUUCCCAUGCUGUCUCUUAUUCUUUUAAAAUGCAUUACUUAGCAUGACUGAUCAAAACCUUUAAUAUGCGGUAUAUUCAGUUGAGAAGGAUGUCAGCAUGCUUACCAGAGGUGUUUGUCCACGUCUAAAACACACUGUAGGGAUCUUGCUGUGCUCGCUGCUCUGUUUGGCCUCUCUGAGUCCGGCGCAACAUCCUCUGUGUGUGAAUGGAAUGGAGACCGUCCUGUGGAUGGGAACCGCUGCACAGUGUGAGCCGGAGGGCAGAUCUUGUGCCAUCCAGUGCUGUGCUUCAGCAAAACGCUCUGCCUUUCGUCUCCUUACCAUAGCGAAGGUGUCCUGUUGCUUUUCUGUGCUAUUUUUCUCCUUCCAGCUUCAUAAAUGGACUAAUCCUGUGGAGUGUGCCUUGUGGUUAUUGCAGGCUUCUGUCCUGUCUAGCUGCUGCACAACUGCACAGGUUCCAAACCUGCAUCUUGAGGCACAGACUGUGUAGAUGAUAGAAAUGGAAUGCCUGAGCCAUAGGCUCCAUCCGAAGGGUGCUUUGGAACUGAAACGUUUCGUUUUGCAGUACUUUAAUAGGCUGAGAGCUUGGCCUUCCUGUGUAGUGUGUGGAGGUGCUCCUGUGCCAAAGUGGUGUUUCUAAGAGUGGAAGCAGAAGCCCAAGUGAUGCCAAGUACCUAUUACAGGUUUUUCUCCGCUGCCAGGAGAGAAACUGACUGGGAGCAGUUGCUGGAAUGUUUUAUUUCUGUGGUAGUGACAUCUCCAAGUUUUAUUUCAUUUCUUUUGUUUUGUCUUCUUCAUCUGCGUUAAUAUUCCCUAACUGAGGUGUGGGUGAUGUGCUCUGUGGUGCAACCCGGCUCCUCACAGUGCCUGGUGCAUGGCAGGCAGUGCUGCAGAGCUCAGGGAGCAGUUUGCUUUGCUGCACAGACCACAGUGCCCUCAGCUCCAGAUUCUAACGAGGCCUUAAGCACGGAUCAGCUCAGCAGUGUCAGUAUGUAACUUCUUUGCAUUGAUGCUAGCAGAAAUUCAAAUGUCUCUGAGGUCAGAUCAAGAGCUCCUAUGUGCAUCUUGGUGUUGAAGUUGGCAGCAGUGCUUAGCAAGUUGUUGUGUACAUCUGCUCUUCAUUUAAUUUCUCUUUUAAUUUGAUCUAGAGUUAGGAUGAGACUUGAAAAUUUUCAAUUACAUCUGGAGGGGUAUGAAAUUGGAAAGCUGAGGGCAGCUUCUGGCUCUCGUUAUCGUAAAUACCCUCAGAACAGAAGUACCAAGCUACAGAUACAUGUUUUAAAUCUUCCUGUGCAGUUUUUAUCAGCCUCCUAAACUUCAUGGUGCUGUGUUAAAGUUAGGGCUUGUGAAUUAUCAAUAGAUGUGGAUUGCCAUGUUUUAGAUCUCUGAAACACAGUAGAAUUAGAAAAUUAUUUGCAGCCGACAGAGCUGUUGCAGUCUCACUUUGUGCAGUAGCUUGUCCUCUGAUGAGUACUCAAACUAUUGCUCAAAUUCAACCUUUUUCUUUUUAAAUUGUGCAUCCUAUUGCAGCAUGGCAGGAAUUAAGCCAUCAGAGAACAGUGCCAGGUGAGUGGGAAUGCAGGGCUGGAGCAGGGACCUGCAGGUGGGCACCUGGAGCCCUGCAGUGUGUGGGGACAUGGCCAAGGGCAGCAGCACUGGUGCAGAAUCUCCUUCACUUUAGGGUGUUUCCUCCUGUUCCCUUCUACCUGUGCAUUCUCCCUAUCUUGCUCAGGCAUAUUCAAGAAUUUGCAUGUUUGUAACCAAAUCAAAAGACUUCACUAGCAAUCUUUCAGGCUUGACCUGAGCUGCUGAUGUGGUUGUUCCACCAAUGCAGAUAACAAGGCAUUCUUGGUUGUGUUGAGAACUUGACUUGUCGUUGAACUUCUGACAGCUGCUGUAAAGGCCAUUAGUUUUUACAUAUAUUCAGUACAGUUGUCAGGUGUCACUAAUCACAGCACGGCUGGGCUGGAAGGGACCCCUCAGCCUCAGCCCCAGCCCUGCCAUGUGCUGGCUGCCCCCCAGCUCAGGCUGCCCAGGGCCCAUCCACAGCCUGGGGCGCCUUCAUGGAUGGGGCACCACAGCUCUGGGCAGCGCCACGGCCUCACCGCCUGCCAGGUGUAGAAUUUCCUCCUCACAUCUGACCUAAAUUUCCCCUCUUUUAGUUCAAGACACUCCCCUUAUGUCACAAUCUGCCUGUGUAACAAGAUUGAUUCCCCUCCUGUUCAUAAGCUCCCCUCAAGUACUGCAAGGGCACAGUGCUCAUGUUAUCUGUAUCUAGCAGGAUAUGAAGUGCCAGAAAUGUGCAGGGUGGCAAGGUGAGCGUCUGCUACUUGUUUGCUGCAUGUUUCGCGUAUUUGGUAAUUGAUAGUUCUAAGAAUGAAUGUGUCUGUUGAAUGGCUGCUGCACUGUGUCCAGGCUGUGUGUAUUGCCUGAUUUGCUGUGCUUUUUUGAGGAGGAAAAAAGAGGGGUGUUAAUUAACAAACGAACAACAACAACAAAAAAAGGUAAUUUAAGACUUGAUCUUAGUGUUGGUUAAAUUUAGAUCCAGCAGGAGAGGAGCUGCAACUUGUUAGCAGCACAGGAACCGCCCUGACAGAAGUGUUUGAUGUGUGUGUAAAUGUGAGCAGCAGCUCUGUGGCUGCAGUUGGGCUGGAGGAGCUCUGUUUGGCUCACAGCACUUUGCUUUUUUAAAUACUGUCUGAGCUUCUGCUGGAACUUUGCUGCCAUGUACUUAAUUGUAUUUAUGAAUUAAUUAUUAAAUAUCUGUGAUGUGUCAAAAACUGGCAGUUAUGAGCCAGAUUCAGAGCUGUUGUGCUCAGAACAGCAGGGGUGUUUUAAUUACUGGAAUAGACAGAGACUGGGUUAAACAUCUCUAAAACGAGCUUCGUUUGAUCUGGAAAAAUGCAAGAAUUUGGGUAAAGAUUGCUUCUCUCCUUCAGGGACAUAUGAGUUGAGGAAAGCAGUCCAUUUCUUUCUUUAAUAGCUGUCCUUUUCUUUGGAUUUCCAUUUCUGCCCGGGCUUUAACAAGUUAGGAUUUGAACAGUAUAAGCAUAAGAAUAGACAGAAGUAGAAUAUAACCUUUGAUUUCUGAAAUCUAAGCGAGAGAAGCUGCUGGAGAGUCUGAUUGUGGACAGGUCCUUUUGUUUUGGUGUAAGCAUUUGGUUUGUUUGUUGUUUGCUUUGGACAGUAAUGACAAAACAUAAAAUAUUCCUAAUGCAGCUCUGGAGGGGACUGUUCUGUGGUUUGCAUCAGAAAUGCCUUUGAGUUGAAUUGAUCGUUAAUGUGCUUCAAGGUCUGUUCUGUGCUGGGCUGGAUUCCCGCUGAGGUCAGAAAGGGGAUUUUUUUUGCUUUAAUAGGGACAAAGUUUCUGGAUUUUUCUGCAAUAUUUGCCAGAAACUGAAAAUACCAAGAAAAAAGAGAGAAAUGUCCCAGCCACAAACUGUAGGCAUGGUUUUGCUAUGAUGAAGUAAAAUCUUAGCACUGUUCAACUGGCAGCAUAGACUCCUUGUGUGCAUAAAGGAGUUGCCCUGAAAAGUUGCAGAGACAAUUACAAGGCAUCAGGGAAAGGAUUUCCUUUCCUCAAUUAAGUUAAAUUCAGUAGAAGUGGAAUGGAGGAGACACAUUGUGCCUUGUAGCAUGAAGUCAGAAACUAACACUCGACUGGAGAACUCGCAGAUGCACAUAAAGCUGCGGGGCAGCAGUGCUGGUGCAUGCAGCUGCAGUUUGCUCUGUUCGUGCUACCUGCGUUCUGUAAGCUUGCAGCAAGCUGGUCAGUGGGUGAUGGUCCACUUGAUAAAAGUAAUCUGACGCUCAUUUGGUGGAACCAGAUAUGUUUUGAAACUGUAGGAAGAAGAUUAACAACCUAACAUUUUAUUUUUCCUGACGAAAAAUCUGCACUUCUUCUCUAAAAGGCAGUCCGAAGGGAGGGCGGAGGCAGCAGUAAGAGAGUUUGUUCUGCUGGAGUUCAAAGCACUGUGAAGGGCUGCACCGAGGAUUGCAGAAGGAUUUCCUGGGGGCAGUGGGGGGUAGGGGGAGGAGGUGUUCGUUCCCGUGUGGCACUGAGGGCUCUCCCAGGCUGCCAUGUCCUCUGCUGCACGCUGUGCUGCUGCAGUGCACACCAAGAAUGGGCUCCUGAGGGCUCCCUGUGUUGGUGGGGCAUCUGUGCAGCUGCUGUGCUCUACAGUGUCUAUGACUGCCUCUCCUAUCUACUACAAAUCACGUUCUUCUUAUGGUUCUUUUUCCUCCUAUUUUCACCGGGAAAAAAAAUGCUUUCCUCCUUAGUGAGCCUGGCUUGGUCAAGGGAGAGCUCUAAACAGUCUCUUUCCUUCAAAGUUCUACGCUAAGUGCGUUCUUGUUAAUUUCAGUCUCUUGCUCUUGCAUCUUUUCACUCUAUUUAUUAGUGAACUCAGUUCAUUGGGUUGCAGUAGGACUUGCAAGCAUUCCAUCUACUGGCGGAGGCAAAGCCUCACGUGCUGUCUUGGCAAACUUUUGAACAUCUAGGUAGAUCGAAGGUGGUAGUGAAUAAUUGAUGUUUAAAGGACACAGUUUGUAUUGUUCCACUAGUGAAAUUCUGGUUCUGACGGUUUCAGUUAUUUUUGGUUUUUUGGACACUUGCCUGCGGAGGGAAUGCUUUCUGACAUUGGAGUAAGAAGCUCUCAGUGGUGCUUGGCUGCUUAAUUACUGAAAGCAGCAGAGCAAGUGUAAAAUUUAAUACAUACAGGCUUGCCAGUUAUUCUGUAGUUUUGGUAAGAGCAUGUAUGAUCUUGUCUGUACCUGAUAGUUACUGCAGAAUAACGUGGAGUGUGAAUGUGAAGCACUUUUUACCUUGUAUAGACAAGCCUUUAAUUUUUCUUCAAGAACAAAGUGGGAGGUUGCACAUAUCUUCUUGUCCCUGAUCUGAACUCUGUCAUAGACUUACUGCUGGCAAGGAGUGAUACCCAAAGCGUUACGCAGCUUGUGAGUGUUCUCAUUGAUUUCAUGCAGUCACAGCAAAGCUGGGUUGGAAGGGACCCCAAAGCCCCCUACCAGCCCUAUCCCUGCCCUGGGCUGGCUGCCCCCUACCGAUCCGUGAGCUGGGGCACCCACAGCUCUGGACAGCAGUGCCAGGUCCUCACUGCCCUCUGGAUAAAGAAUUUCUUCCUGACAUCUGACCUAAGUCACCCCUCUUUUAGUUUAAAACCAUUCCCUGUGUCCUGUCACUGCACUCUCAGCGUAAGAAGUCCCUCUCCUGUCUUCCUGCAGCCCCUGGAGGCACUGGAAGGCUGCAGUGAGAUCCGGAUCCUUCUCUCGUGCAGGCUGAACACUCCUGGUCCUGCAGCCUGUCUCUAUGGUGGAGGUGCUCCAGAGCACUUUCCCAGCAGUCAGUGCCACUUCAGAGGUCUGCUUGUGUGAAGGGAAUGCUGGCAAGAGAGCCUCCAGCCCUCUGCUAACUCCAUGUCCAUCUUUUGUGGUAGGAGCUGCUUAUCAGAUGUGUUCAAACAGAGCUUGUUUUUAACAUUGUAACAUGUGCUCUCCAUGCUACUGCACUGUACAUUCGAAUGGAAAGUGCUUCAGUUGAGGAGGAAUUGGAAAAAUAUGGAUGUUGGUAUUUCCUUGCAGCUCAUGCUGUAGAGGAAUGUUUGAGUCUUGCUCAUUGAAGAGUGCGAUCAAGCAUCAAAAACCAGAAAGUUUGCAUUUUGCAGGAGACGGAAGGCAUCCCAGUAUCUGAGGCAGGAAGCAGGGAGGGGAAUAUUUCUGCUUUGCUGCAUUCCUAUGGUGAGAUUUCAGGAGAUAGCUGAGCCAAUCCAACUGUGUGUUGUGAUUCAAAGGCGUGGUUCUUCCUUCUGUACCUGCCAUGGGAGCCUUGUGCUGCUGUUUUUCUCGUGGUUUUAGGGUCACUUAGUAGUCUUCUUGCUUAAUAAUUUAAGUGUUUGUUAGCAGAUCCAGUUAGGCAGUUGUGUUCUCUGAAAUAAGUGUCUGAAUUCCAUUUUUAAUACAGGUUUCUAAGAUUGCCUUGUGUGGUUUCCACUAUUUGAGCAAGGGGCUGGACCGGAUGACAUCCAGAGGUCCCCUAGAAUUUCAUCCGUACUGUGCCUUAGUGAGCAUUGGUAGUUGUGGCCAUUAUAAGUAUUUCAAGCUGUUAUUGCAUGGUACCACUUUACAUCUAAUAGCUGAGGUCAGAUGAUACUCUAAUGAAGAAACCAUCAAAAUCUGUUUGAAACAAGAGUAGUAUAUUUUAAGUCAUGUUAGAAAAUGCAGCAGUUCUUACUUAAUGAUAGAUAUGUUCGUUUUGUUAUUAAUCCUGUGAAGUUGAAAGUACAUAACAUGUCCUUUGUAUGCAAGGUUUGGAUGGAGCUUUGUAUUUGCUUUCUGGCAAAAGUGAGUGGCUGUGAUUCCCAGCUGGGUCAAGAGCAGGUAUUUUAUCAUCCUGUGCUACAGGGAAUCUGCUGCCUCAGGUUAGCUGACACAAAAUUAAAAUGGUGUGUGUGUGCAUAUAAUUUAAAUAUGUAUGUACACAUGUAUGCAUACCAAAAUGUGCACCUGUACUGAACAUAGAUGAGAGAUGUGUAGUAUCAGGAGAAAAGGGAUGAGUUUUCCUUUUUGAAAGGAAGGAGGAAAGAAACAAGAUGCAAAAACAGAGGAAAGAAUUCUGAAAAUAAUUAGGUAGAGGGGAUGAAGAAUAGAAGAUCUGGAACUAGAUACGAUAAGAGACUAACAUAUAUAAACCUAUUUUGUAUGUAAAAUACACAAAAGGGUCUGAGUUGCAUCAGCACCAUCUUACUGUCACAUCAGCAUGUCUAUCUUCCUUUUAAAUCUCAAGCAUACUAGAUUCCAAUGCAAACUUGGAAAGUAGGUAUGGUAAUGAAAAGUUGCCUUUUCUGGGCUCUGAACAUAACACAAACUUGGACAGUGUUGCUUUGUCUGUGGCUAGGUUUUUCAGAGGAGUGUCCUGCAGUAUCUGGUCAGCAUGGCUGGGAUGCUGUCCCGCUUCCCAUGCGGCACUCCUGGGGGCCGGGGGCCAGAGGGUGCCCAGAAGCUGCGUGGUGCGGCGGCCCUUCAUCUGCAGGCCUGCGGUGCAGGGAGCUGUGCCGACACAGCGGCUGUCUGGUGCUUUGCUUUGCUCAGGUGGGGACAGCGGUACUUCAUGAAUGCUAUCAAUAAUCUUGCUGGCUGAUGACGGUAAUGCGUCAGUAGAAGAAUCCGGGAGCAGACUUAUCUUUUGUUUCAGUGCAGAUGUGAAAGUCAAAUAGCUGGCACGCAGGGAGCUGCUCUGCUGUUUCUUCUUCUUGUGCAUUCACCUCAGUCUUCUCAGUACAGAUUCCUCAGUAGACUGAAUAUAAACUGCCUCAAAAAGUUUUCCUCUUCUGCAGUCUUCUCUGUCAGCACUUGUCCUGCUGACGUGGCCGAAGCUUCUGAAGGAGAGGCAGCACUGGGGCAGUGACAUCUGGCAGGGAGCAGGUGCUGGCACACUGCUGGUGCCACAGGAUUUUGGCUGGACUCCUUCCUACUGUUGGUGUGAAUUUGCUUUUCAGUGGAUGGAAAAAAAGAUGAAGAAGCCUUCAUUUCUAGAUAUUUAAAUGAACUUAGUUGAUGGCCUUUGUACAGAAAAAGAACAAAAGUCACAUCUUAGUGUUUGAAAGUGAUUGCUUUGCAAGUUCUGAGUUACAAAUACGCAUCUUAAAUACAAAAAGACGCCAUGCUAGUACCACAGGUAUAUAACCAGGAGCAACACUUAAAAUGUUAAAGGCAGUUUUAAAGAAGAGCCGAGAGGGUGGAAAAGGGAGCAAGAAAGAAUCAGCAGGGGACUCCUGCCCAGAGAAUGCCUUGCAGAGUGUUGCAGCAUCUGGCCACGGUGCAGAUCUUCCCACUGGCAAUCAGCAUAUCCCGGGGGAUGCUUACAGGAUGAACUUGGCUAAAGGAGUCUCAAUGUCAUUGCCAUCUUCACCUCUGCUGCCACGCCAGUCUUAUUUGAUGCAGUCGCGAUCAAACAAAAAGUCCCCAGGUCCGAUCAGGAAGGCCAAGUAUGUGGAAAGUCCUAGAGUGCCAGGUGAGGCAAUUCUACUGCUGAGAAAACAAUCAGGGCAAGAAGAACCCAUUCAAAAUGCAAAGCCUGAUAAAGACUCAAGCUGUUCUCCUGCAGCACAAGAAUUGAUGACGAGAUUGGGUUUUUUACUAGGAGAAGGGAUACCAACAUCUGCUCAUAUAGAAGAAAAAAAUGAAUCCAUGUGUACUAUAGCCAGUCAAGGAGUCAGUCCAUGUUCUACCCUCACAAGCAGCACUACAUCUCCAAGCACUGAUAGCCCAUGCUCAACUCUUAAUAGCUGUACUGGCAAAGCAGCAGCCAACAAAGGUAGUCCCUGUGAAACCAUGAGAAGCCCUAGCUCCACCCUGGAGAGCAAGGACAGUGGAAUAAUAGCAACUGUAACAAGUUCAUCAGAAAAUGAUGAUCGUAGUGGAUCCAGUUUGGAAUGGAGCAAGGAUGGGAGUCUCAGAGCUGGAGCACAUCGAGGAAUUGGUCACGAUCGAAGAACUGACAAUUGUUCACCAGUUGCAGAAGAGGAGGCUGUUGGAUCUGCUGAGAAUUUGCCAAAGGAAGUACCAACAGGAGAGGGUCCUGUUCCUUAUACUCAGAGUUCUGGAUCUUUAAUAAUGCCUCGUCCAAACUCUGUUGCAGCAACAAGUUCUACCAAAUUGGAAGAUCUGAGUUAUUUGGAUGGACAAAGAAAUGCUCCUUUACGCACUUCAAUUCGCUUACCUUGGCACAACACUGCUGGUGGAAGAGUGCAGCAGGAAAACAAAGCACGUUUUGUCACCUAUAAGCCUCAAGACAUUUUGCUAAAGCCAUUACUGUUUGAAGUGCCAAGCAUAACGACAGACUCAGUGUUUGUUGGAAGAGAAUGGCUGUUUCAGGCAAUUGAAGAAAAAUUGAAGAAUACAGAUCUGGCAGAGAGCAAAGGAACAGUUAUUACUGGGAAUGUGGGAUUUGGGAAGACUGCUAUUAUUUCCCGUCUGGUGGCACUUAGUUGCCAUGGAAGUCGCAUGAGGCAAAUAGCUUCAAACAGUCCUAAUUCAUCCCCCCAGAGCAGCGAUUCCUGUCAGGAGAUUCCCUUAAGUCAGUUACCUCUGUCUACUGCUCCUCCAAGUGGUACCUAUACAGUGAAGACCAUGAAUUGUCCUGGUACUCCUGACAACCAGAAUCAAACAGGUGACUCUGUGAAACGCCUUGCCUCAAGGGUUGUUGCUUAUCACUAUUGUCAAGCUGACAACACAUACACUUGUCUUGUCCCAGAAUUUGUGCACAGCAUUGCAGCUUUGCUUUGUCGUUCGAGUCAAUUAACAGCAUACAAAGAUCUUCUAAUAAAAGAGCCUCAUUUACAAAGCAUGCUUAGCCUGAGAUCUUGUGUCCAAGAUCCAGCAGCAGCUUUUAAAAGGGGAGUGUUGGAACCACUUUCAAACCUCAGGAAAGAGCAGAAAAUUCCCGAGGAAGAAUACAUAAUUUUGAUCGAUGGUCUAAAUGAUGCUGAAUUCCAUAAACCUGAUUAUGGUGACACAAUUUCGUCAUUUCUUGCAAAGAUAAUUUGUAAGUUUCCUCCCUGGCUGAAGCUCAUUGUGACUGUGAGAACUAAUUUCCAGGAGGUAGCAAGGUCACUACCCUUUAUCUCAAUAUCCCUGGACGAUUUUCCAGACAACAAAGAAAUUCACAAUGACUUGAGUGCUUACAUUCAGUACAGAAUUAAUAACAGUCAGGAGAUUAUAAACAACAUAUCUUUAAAUGGAAAAGCUGAUGCGGCUAUAAUUGGGAAAGUGAGUAACCAUCUGAUCAUGAGAAGCCUGGGAUCUUAUCUCUAUUUGAAACUGACUCUGGAUCUUUUCCAAAAAGGUCAUUUAGUAAUCAAAAGUGCAAGCUACAAGGUAGUUCCAGUGUCUCUAUCAGAACUGUACUUACUUCAGUGCAACAUGAAGUUUAUGACAAACUCUGCGUUUGAGCGAGCCCUGCCAAUAUUAAAUGUGGCUCUGGCAUCCUUACAUCCCAUGACAGAUGAGCAGAUUUUCCAAGCUAUUAAUGCAGGUCAAAUAAAUGGAGAACAACAAUGGGAGGACUUCAGCCAAAGGAUGGAAGCUCUUUCAUGUUUUCUGAUAAAAAGGCGUGACAAAACACGUAUGUUCUGCCACCCUUCCUUCAGAGAAUGGCUUGUUUGGAGAGCAGAUGGUGAAAAUACUGACUUCUUAUGUGAGCCAAGGAAUGGACAUGCUUUAUUGGCUUUCAUGUUUUCUCGACAAGAGGGAAAACUAAACCGCCAACAAACUAUGGAACUUGGUCAUCAUAUACUUAAAGCUCACAUUUUUAAGGGUCUCAGUAAAAGGACUGGAAUUUCUUCCAGUCAUCUUCAAGCCUUGUGGAUUGGUUAUAGUGCUGAUGGACUGUCUGCAGCCCUUGCUUCUCUGAGAAACAUCUAUACACCCAAUGUGAAGGUGAGUCGACUGCUGAUCUUGGCAGGUGCAAAUGUGAAUUACAAGACCGAAGUACUAAAUAAUGCUCCAGUACUGUGUGUUCAGUCACACCUUGGACAUGAAGAAGUGGUCACUCUUCUACUAGAAUACGGAGCUGCUAUUGAUGGAACAUCAGAAAAUGGAAUGACCCCACUUUGUUAUGCAGCAGCUGCAGGUCACAUGAACAUAGUUUCACUGCUGUGCAAAAAGGGUGCAAAGGCUGACUAUCUAGACAAAAAAGGGCAAUGUGCUUUGGUCCACAGUGCACUGAGAGGGCAUUGUGAUAUCCUUGAAUAUCUUCUGAAUGUCGCUUGGGCAGCUUCUUCUCAGGAGCAAAAUUCACUAAGAAAAAGCCAAGCACUGCAGCAAUCACUGACAGCAGCUUCCAGUAUGGGACACUGUCAGGUGGUUUGUUACAUCUUGGCAAUUGAGAAGGAGCAUGAAGUUGACAUCAAUGUCACUGAUGCCUUGUGGGGAGAAACAGCCUUGACAGCUGCUGCAGGAAGAGGAAAACUGGAAGUCUGCGAGUUACUUCUUGAACGUGGAGCAGCUGUGAGCAGAGCUAACAGGAGGGGCGUUCCGCCGCUCUUCUGUGCAGUACGGCAGGGGCACUGGCAGAUUGCUAAACUUCUUCUGGAGCAUGGGUCUGAUGUGAAUUUAAGCGACAAGCAAGGCAGAACUCCACUCAUGGUGGCUGCUUGUGAAGGACAUUUGAGCACUGUGGAAUUUCUCCUUUCUGCAGGUGCAACUAUUUCAUCUCUGGACAAAGAAGGGCUGACAGCUUUGGGCUGGGCAUGUCUAAAAGGCCACAGAGAAGUGGUUCAGUAUUUAGUUGAGAAAGGCGCAACAGUUGAUCAGACAGACAAAAAUGGACGAACACCUCUAGACCUGGCAGCUUUUUAUGGAGAUGCUGAUAUUGUGCAGUAUUUGGUAGAAAAAGGAGCAAUGAUUGAGCAUGUUGACCACAGCGGCAUGCGGCCACUGGACAGAGCCAUUGGAUGUCGUAAUACAUCAGUGGUGGUUAUGCUCCUGAGGAAAGGAGCUAAACUAGGAAAUGCAGCAUGGGCAAUGGCCACCUCGAAACCAGAUAUUCUCCUCAUUCUGCUGCAGAAACUCAUGGAAGAAGGAAACAUACUGUACAAAAAAGGCAAGAUGAAAGAAGCAGCACAGCGCUAUCAGUAUGCCUUGAGGAAGUUUCCGAGGGAAGGAUUUGGAGAAGAAAUGAAAGCAUUCAAUGAGAUGAGAGUUUCAUUGUACUUGAAUUUAUCAAGGUGUCGCCGAAAAACAAAUGAUUUUGGUUUGGCUGAAGAGUUCGCUACCAAAGCAUUGGAUUUAAAACCCAAGUCUUACGAAGCCUAUUAUGCUCGAGCAAGAGCAAAAAGGAACAGCAGAAAGCUACUUGCUGCUCUUGCUGACUUACAUGAAGCCACAAAGUUGUGUCCUGGCAAUCAAGAAAUUAAACGUCUCCUGGCUCGAGUAGAAGAAGAAUGUAAGCAGUUCCAGAGAACGCAACAACAGAAGCAUCAGUGCUCACAGUCAGGACAGCAAAUUACCAAUUCUGAUAAUGAGGAGGAGGAUGUUAUCCAAGGAGUGAAUGAGAACUUCCAUCUUCAAGAAAAAGAGGAAGAACUGCCACACCCUGAUGAAUCUGUUUCCUCUCCACAAAGGCUGCAACAUUCCUUAGCUACUUCAUCAUACACUAGAAACCUUCAAGACAGUGUUCAGCAGAAAGUGAGACCUGUGUCCCCUCAAGGCAGAACAGGCAAUAAAUAUCUGAGAGAGCCAGGCUUGAUCAUGCAGCCAACAAAGCAAGCACAGAUUGUAAAAACUAAUCAGCACCUGAGCUCCAUCCAGCCUGGAUCAAAACUGGGAAGCAGUCAAUGUAAUACAAAGACACAAUCGCCUUUUCAGCAUCUUUCCCAAAGUCCUGUGCCAGUUCGACACACUAAAAUUCAGCAUUUGGAGGGGACAAGCGCAUUAUCAGCUGGAAGUGUUUCCACAGGUGCUAGUUCUGAGCUGUACAAUGAGAAGUUCACAUCCAGCCAGUGUUCCCAUUCACAGCACUCUUUUGCAAAGAAAUCUAAAACCACUGAUCCAUCACCAGCCCCAUUUCAAAUGAAUUUCAGUGAAGCAAGACAGCAAAGUCCUGUACCCAGCACUGUCUCUUCUACUUCUCCACCUAGCAGUAUGAUUCUUGCCAGCUCAACCAGCAGCUUAACUUCAGUGAGUAGUUCUGCAGAUAGUAUUAAGGGGCUAGGGCCAGACGUUCGAAGCAAGGAGAACAAAGUUAAUCAAGUUCAUGGUACUGCUGCUGAACACAGACCUCGCAAUACGCCAUUUAUGGGAAUCAUGGAUAAGACUGCCAGGUUUCAGCAGCAAAAUCAGUCCAGUCGCUCUUGGCAUUCUCAGGCCUCAGAUGGAUUAUCAACAAAUGUUUCUUCAGGGAGCAUUCAGUCUUCUAAUUUCGAGCAGUUUUCGGUCAAACACUCUCAAACUAAAACUUCCUCUACUGUUACUAUCCCGGGAGAGAGCAACCAGAAUGGUAUGCAAGCUAAAGUACAUGAGGAGCUUAGGUGUCAAACAGCUGCCUACUGUCAAGAUAAUAGAGCACCAAAACAAGUUCUGCAUUUAUACCCAGAUGCGCCAUCAAAACAACACUCUCACAUCAGUAAGGAAGGUCAUUUAAGCCACGUCACCUCUACAAAACCAAAGCGAUCAUUUAUUGAAUCAAAUGUGUAAAUAUUAUUUUGUAUGUUACAUAGUUGUAAAACUUCGCUUAUAACAUCGUAGGGUGUUCCCACUAUAGUGGGAUAGCAGCUGGCUGUUGGUGAGUUUGCGUGCUCAGCCCACACUGACCAGUACUUUGUGGGGUACGACCACUUUAAACUGUUCAUGCUGACACAGUAACUGGAAUAGCAAAUUAUGUAGGAAGAGUCAAUUAGGAUCAAUCAGUCCAUCAAACUAGGACCUCAAGUAGCGGAAUUCUUUCCAUUACACUGUACCGCGAAAAAAGAAAAUAAAUACACACACACACACACGCACGCAUAUAUAUGUUUAGAUUCUCCAUAGGGCUUUAAUCUUCGCUUUUGGUUGUAUUGCAUCACAUCACUUACACAAUAAUUGUGCCUCUGUAAUGCUUAAGUGCUUACUUCUCAAAACUGGUUAAGAAAAUAGAUGCUGCGUACUCUUCAGAUCUGUAUAUCCUUUUUUUUUUUUUUUUUAAUCAAAGAUAGUAUUUUAUCACUUUUCUAGUGGGCUCUAAUUUGAGGUGCAUGAUGUACAUUUAGGAAGCAAAAUUUGUGUAUGAGUAAACUCAAAGCAGUUAUGUUUUGAGAUGUAAAUAUAACUAUUUUUAGUAACAAGUAAAAUAAACAGUAACAGCUGCAUGUGUAUUGAAAGGCUUUGACCAUAUUGGUUAUUGCACUGAGUAACACAAUAUUACAGCAUGUUAACGAUAACCGCACUUUAUCUAGUUUACCUAAUCGCCUUUGGGUGCUAUUUUAAAGCAAAAUUAUAUAUUGGCUGUUUAUUCAUUAAAAAAGGUACAGCAGUGAAAUGUUUAGUAAGUAUUGUGAUAGGAAACCCAAGAAAUGAAAUGCAGAUGGAAGUUGGAGGAAAAGCGUAAGUGCAGUUACUUUAUAGGAUGAAGUUGUGGAGUUUUUUCAGAGGAAAUAAGGUUUUAUAGUGUCAAGAAUAUUUGGAAACUAAAGAGAUGCAGUGACAUUUCUGACUGCCAUGGGGCGGGAGUGGCCAACCUGAGGUUGUCACUUCCCAGGUCUUGCGUGUGUACAGUGGUGUAUGUACGUUGUAAACACCUGUAUGCGUUUUUAUAAACUCUUUCCUGAGUUCACAUUAUGCUUUAGCUUAUUUAUUGCAUACUAUUUCUUCGGUAUUUUGUACAAGCUAUAUUAUUCUUGUCCUGUAGUACUAUUUUUGCACAGCUACUGUAUUUUUUCCAUACAAAAUAAAAGUUACGAUUACA